AGCGGGCUGGCUGCGCUGCGGCGGCCCCUGCGCUGUGUGGCGAGAGCGGCUGGAAGGGAGGCAGGGCAGCGGCGGGAGGCAGGAGCGCGGCGAGCGCAGGCGGCAGAGAAUGGCGGUGAGGCGGCGGCAGAGGCGCGGGCCGGGCGGCGGGCGAGCGCUGCUGGCCGCGCUGCUGCUGUGCGUGUGGUGGCGGGCGGCGGCCGAGCGGGUCCGCUACGCCAUCCCCGAGGAGCUGGGCAGAGGCUCGCUCGUGGGGCCGCUGGCGCGGGACCUGGGGCUCAGCGCGGACGAGCUGCCGGCGCGCAAGCUGCGGCUGAGCGAGGAGAAGCAAUUCUUCACGGUGAAUGAGGAGAACGGGAACCUGUACGUGAAUGAGAGGCUGGACCGGGAGCAGAUGUGCGGCGAGUCGGCGACCUGCUCUGUCAGCUUCGAGGUGCUCUUGCACAACCCCCUGAACGUUUUCCACAUUGAGGUGGCGAUCGAGGACGUGAAUGACAAUUCCCCAACCUUCAGCAAGGCUGUUCUGGACCUCGAGAUCGGUGAAUUAAUCCCUCCCGGUGCUCGGUUUCCACUGGAGAUGGCGCGAGAUGCAGAUUUAGGUAGCAACUCACUGCUGACUUAUCAGUUAACCAGUAAUCCCUCAUUUCUACUGUCUAUGAAGGAAAAGCCGGGUGGAAAGAAGCAGCCAGAAUUAGUGCUGGAGAGAGUGUUGGACCGGGAGAACCAGAGCUCCUUUGAUUUGGUGUUGAUGGCGAUAGACGGUGGGGAUCCCGCGAGGUCUGGGACUGUUCAGGUUCGCAUCAAUGUAACAGAUGCCAAUGACAACCCGCCCGUGUUCAGCAGAAGUCUCUACGAGGCGAAGGUGGCGGAGAAUCUACCAGUGGCGUCGUUGGUGCUGCGGGUACGGGCGACGGAUGCGGACACGGGCUCUAACGGGCGAGUGUCCUACUCCUUUGGCAGCGUCCCGGACGUUGUCAGGGCGUUGUUCACUAUCGAGAGCGAGAGCGGGGAAGUUAGAACAUCGGGUCCUCUCGAUUUCGAGGAGAAGAAUAAAUACAUCUUUGGUCUGGAGGCGACGGACGGCGGCGGUCUCACUGAUCACUGCGAAGUGCAGAUCGACAUCAUCGACGAGAAUGACAACGCGCCCGAGAUUACGAUUCUAUCCCUGUCGAAUCCCGUGCCCGAGGAUGCCCCGACUGGCACCGUGGUGGCCGUGCUGAAAGUGCGGGACAGAGACUCCGGCGAGAACGGUCAGGUGUCGUGCGAGCUGUCGGGAGAGGCGCCGCUGUCGAUCGUGGCGUCCUCGGGCGGCUCGUACAAGGUGGUGACGGCGGGCGCGCUGGACCGAGAGCAGGCGUCCGAGCAGCGCGUGACGGUGGUGGCCCGGGACCGGGGCAGGCCGGCGCUGUGGAGCAGCAGGGAGCUGGUGCUGGAGGUGUCGGACGUGAACGACAACGCGCCGGUGUUCGAGGAGGCGGCGUACAGCGCGUACGUGGCGGAGAACAACGCGGCGGGCGCGCUGGUGCUGCGCGUGCAGGCGCGGGACGCGGACGCGGGCGCCAACGGGCGCGUGAGCUACUGGCUGGCGGGCGGCAGCGCGGGCGCGGCGGGCGCGGCGCCGCUCGUGUCGGUGGAGGCGCGGAGCGGCGCGCUGUACGCGCAGCGCUCCUUGGACUACGAGCAGUGCCGCGAGUUCACGGUGGCGGUGCGGGCGCAGGACGGCGGCUCGCCGGCGCGCAGCUCCACGGCCACGGUGCGCGUCUUCGUGCUGGACCGCAACGACAACGCGCCGCGGGUGCUGUGGCCGGCGGCGGCGGCGGCGGGAGAGGCUGCGGGAGGGGCGGCGGCUCCUUUCGAGGUGGUGCCGCGUUCUGCCGAGGCCGGCUACCUGGUGGCCAAGGUGGUGGCGGUGGACGCGGACGCGGGGCGCAACGCGUGGCUGUCGUACGAGCUGGUGCAGGCGUCGGAGCCGGCGCUGUUCCGCGUGGGGCUGCACAGCGGCGAGGUGCGCACGGCGCGCGCCGUGUCCGAGCGGGACGCGGCCAAGCAGCGGGUGGUGGCCGUGGUGAAGGACCACGGGCAGCCGGCGCUGUCGGCCACGGCCACGCUGCACGUGGUGCUGGCCGAGAGCUUGCAGGAGGCGCUGCCGGAGCUGAGCGAGCGGGCGGCGGGCGCCGAGGCGGCGGCGGCGGCGGCCGAGCUGCAGUUCUACCUGGUGCUGGCGCUGGCGCUGCUGUCGGCGCUCUUGGUGCUGAGCGUGGCGCUGGCCGUGCUGGCGCGGCUGCGGCGGGCCGGGCCGCCCGCCGUGCUGCGCUGCCUGGGCGCGCAGCGCUUCUCGCUGGCCGGCGCCGCCUUCCCGGCCGACUUCUGCGAGGGCACCUUGCCCUACUCCUACAACCUGUGCGUGGCGGCGCCGGCCCGCGCCGUGCCCGAGGCCGCUUGGCCGCCGCCGCCGGUGCCCAUCCUGUCGGCGGAGGAGCUUCUGGGCGGGGAUUGCUGCGAGAAGCCGAGUCCCAGCAGCAGCGCCCCGGCGGGAGAGCCGCUCGCUAAUCCCGAUGUACCUCAGCAAGCUCAGCCUAACACAGAUUGGCGCUUCUCUCAGACCCAGAGACCUGGAACAAGUGGCUCCCAGAAUGGAGAGGAAGCUGGAGCCUGGCCCAACAACCAGUUUGACACGGAGAUGCUCCAAGCCAUGAUCCUGGCUUCAGCCAAUGAAGCUGCUGACGGUAACUCGACCCUGGGCGGCGGCAAUGGCACGAUGGGGCUGAGCGCCCGCUACGGCCCGCAGUUCACCCUGCAGCACGUCCCCGACUACCGGCAGAACGUCUACAUCCCGGGCAGCAACGCCACCCUCACCAACGCCGCCGGCAAGCGCGACGCCAAGAACGCCGCCCCCGCCGGAGGCAACAAAAAGAAAUCCGGGAAGAAGGAGAAGAAGUAGUGAAGAAGAAAAAGGAGACCUUAGAGCUACAGGGCAGCCGGCUCCAGCACUCCCCCAAAAACCACAGCCCAGGCCGGAGGACGAAUGUGAAUUUUUUUGUGGUGCAAAAGUAGGAAAUGCUGCGAAUGUAUCUCGUCAUCAUCAGAGCUGAGAGCAGGGGCUCGCUGCUCUCAGGUCUCGUGAUGAAAACCAAUCCGGAGUCUAAACCGAACGCAAACAAGUGCCCUGUGAAUAAUGUUUUAUACAAUCCCUCGGGUAUUAGAAUAUGCAAGGGCCGAAGGUCUUUUGCCACGUCUUUGGAUCCAGUUUGCUCCCAGGUAGUCCAAGAAAGGCACAAGGCUUGUGCUCGGCUUUGCCCAGUGUAAAUAAUUUUAAUGUGGAUCUUUUAAUUUAUAGCCCUUCAGCUAUUUUUUGGAAAGGAAAAGGAAGUUCUUAGCUUAGAGCCCAUGCUCCAGUUCUUUGCUGUUAAAUUUUCCAUUCGUAAAAUUCACCCCCAGUCAAUGAUAGUGAUGGAUUUUGGAAUUUGGAAGUUGGUAGGGAGUGCUUCAGUUCCUGCUUACCUGUCAUCUGAAAAAAAAAAAAAAGUUUAUAUUGCAUGAGUCAAAGGGAAUAUGGCAAAGCUGCAUCCUAAGCAUUUUUAAUUUUUUUUUUCUUUAAAUUGUAACCACUAAUGGCCUGAAAAAUGAUAAGGAAAAAGCCCUCCUGCUGUGUGAGAGGCAGGGAAUUCCAUGAGGAGCAUGCCGAGGUGUGCGGCAGCUGCCCCGGCGGUUCUAGGGGUCUCCGAAGAGCAGACACAUCUCAAACCUUCUUUGCAGUAAAUAUUUAUAUGUACAGUCAAUGUUCUUAUGGAAUUAAGGCUAAGAGAGCCUCGCUCCCCCGCGGCCAGGCCUGGCCAGGUCCCCGCGCAGGGGACACGGGGACGACGCUUCACUGUCUGCACACGGUGUCUGCAUGCACGUCCCUCACCUCACACCUGCACUAGCGCAGUAGCUCCACGGACCCGCAGAAGUCCUCGCAUGCCCACGUGGUGUGAACGCGCCGGCAGCCGCCCGGGCUGCCCUGGGGAAGGGGUGGGAGGGGGUGGGAUGGCUCAGGCGGGGUGGGGAAACUCAUUAUUGCUUCUAGUUCGGGCCCCAAAGGGUGUCUGGGGUGGUGGGGCGGUUCUACGAGGCGGUUCUUGGGGUCUCGCCCAAAGGGCGGGAUCUGCGGAGCUGCCGUGCAUGGCUUUGGUGCAGACUUGGUGGCUGAGUAAGUGAUGGUUGUCUUGGUGGCGUUUGGGGACCAGAUCCAGACAAGGGACCCAAGAGCAGGGGGUGACGCUGCAAAAUGGGGGGCAGUGGCUGGGGGAGUGUCACAUGGGACCAUGUGGGGCCAGCCUGGAGGAGGAGGUGACGCUCCUGCUGGCUUUGGGCUUUGUACCCUGCGGGCAGAACUGAAGGAUGAGGAUUAGAAUUUCUCCAUGUGCCCAUCACCAAAGCACCAGGCCAGCUUCCCAUAGCAAAGCAGCUCUGAGCCCCCGGGAGAGGCAGAUGGGGGCUUUGUGUAGCCAGAGCCAGGAGAGGAGCUGUGGGGUGGCCCGGAGGGGGCCACACCGAGUUUCCCAGGGGGGUGUGUGUUGUUUUUUUCCUUUUUUAAUCACUAACACGUAACUCACCUGAGCAGAUCCAGCCCUUUCAGCCAGGCUCUCCCCACCCGUGCCCCCUCCCCAAACCAGGGCAGCAGGAUCAUCCUCCGUUUUUCAUCCAGAUCCAGCCACCUCUGGCGCUGGCUGCACUGGGAGCGGUUCCCACCCUGUCCCCUGCAGCUGCCACCUGCCCCCCCUCUAGAAAUGCUGUAGCUGAAUCGUAGUCUUUAUAUUUUCUUUUUAAUCUGCAAUCUGAGGUAGCGUAGUGAGUGUCGUGUAUUUAGUGGCGUGUUAUUUUUAAUUGCAGUAACUAACUUGUGGACAUCAGUAUUUUCAAUUUUCUCUGUAUCUUCUUUCCAUGUGGUCUGUGCUCCGAGUGUGCGUGAAAUGAAACACGUUUGCCCUUUCAAUGUGUCUAAUAUUGAAUUAUACUUAUAUAUUAUAUAUAUGCUUAUAUCCUUCUUAUACCCAUAUAGACCAAUGUCGAUGUGUUACACGCAAGUUUUAUACUCUAAUAUUUAUAUUGCUUUUUUUCUUUGGGAAAAAAAAAUAAUAAAAUGGUUUCUUCUGAA